CCCCGAGACUCGACGGUUCGACUCUAACCCUACAAUAGUCUUCUGCUAAAAUCGCGAAAGAGAUAUCUUACGAAUCUCCACAAGUGCGAAUUUCGAACGGAGCUACGAUUCCAUGGCGACCAACGGAGAGAAGGUCACGGCUACGGUGGUGAAUGGCGGAGGGCUAUCUACUGGUGAAAACCCUAAGAAAAUUGUAGACCUCAACACUACGGAGUUAGAUCGUACUGACGACAUUCUCGACGGAGAAGUCAAGGGAUUUUCAGAUUCUGGUGAAAAGAAGGAAGAAACCGACUCUAAUGGUAUUGGAUCGACGGCUGGUGUUGAUUCUGGGGAUAUCUCUCCGGUCGAUGAUAUCCAGAAGAAGAUUCGACGUGCUGAGAGGUUUGGUGUUUCGGUGAAAUUGACCGAAGAGGAGAAGCGCAAUUCUCGUGCUGAGAGGUUUGGUACUGUAGCUGCAGCAGUGGUGAAUGGCUCAGAGGGAACGAAGAAAGCAGAGGAAUUGAAGCGAAAAGCAAGAGCUGAUAGAUUUGGGGUUCCUUCUGCGACCUCUACUACUGAUAAGACUGAGGAAGAGGCAAAGAAGAAAGCUAGGCUCGCUCGUUUUGGAAAAGAGACUAAAGUUGAUUCUGCUGAAGAAAAUAAGCGCAAAGCUAGAGCAUUGAGGUUUUCAAAAGAGGCUUCAGCAGAUGCAUCUUCAGAUUUACCUGAGAAGCAAAUUAUUGGCAAGGAGGCAGCUGUAUCAGGAAGCGCUGCCUAAGGUUCCUCAAUAAAGUUUUUCCGUCUUUGUAGUUAGGUAGUGUGCUAGCGUUUUAUGAGUCCCUCUCUGGCUGCUUCAUUCUCUCUUUAUUUCUGAAUUAGAAGUCCAUGUGUGUAGUAUCUUUACUAAGUUCGGUCGUGGAGCAAUCACCAGAUGAGAUCUUGAGAAACCAAUAAGUAACCUAUAGUUCUGAUUGUCUGAAAUGACAAUUAUCAAUGUGUUUAGGACCUAGGAAUUCUGAAGUGGCUGGUAUUGAUGUUUUCCAUGUUGCAGGUUCUUGGAGUGGUAAGUAUAGUUUGAUUAAUAACUUUAUUUCGUUUUAAUAUAUUGGAAUGUGGAUGGUCCUUUUAGUAUUGCAUGUUCGUAUCAAGCACAAGCACCAGCAAUUGAAAAUUUGUACUGCAUGCAGCAAAUAUUUAAGUAAGGGAGACAUUUUUUUACUGUUUUGAACUAGUUAGAAAUUAGAAGUGUUGAUUACUUUUGAGUUGUGCCUAUUUUGCUAGUUUUUCUUAGUCUUGGUUACGAAAUUUAGCUGGUCUACUGGUGUUCUGUGCUUGAUUGCGAAUAUUGCAUGCAAAAUGGAUCCCAUAAACAUGUGUCGUUCUUAGGUUACUUAAUUUCAUAUGACCUCUCAAGCCGCUACUUCAGAAUUUCUUUGUCAUGUAAGACAUCAUUAGAACUAUAGAUGUACUUGUUGGUUUCCAUAUCUCUGGUCUCUAUGGCAGUUGAAGGAAAGAGAGCCUCAGAUUCUAAAUUCUCUGUUCGUGGGACUGCGUUUUUGCUGGCUUCUGAUGCUACACAGUUUCUUUGUUUCUGUAAUAGAUUUUAGAUAAACUUUUGUUGAUACUUGCUUUCUGUUAAUUUUGAAUGAAGCGCCAGAAAACUUUUAUAAAGGGAAUGUAAUGUUAAGUUUCAACACAUUUCUUGGCUAUCUACUGUUUUGUGCCUAAACUCCAAUAUGUUGCAACGCUUUCG